GCAAGUGAUGCCAGCUUGUCACGUUCUUUCACAACAUUUACAAAAACUAAUGAAUAUGGGGACGAGCUGACAAUGGAUUUUCGCACAUGGAAAUCUUUUAAGUGCCCAGCAUUGCCAACGCUACAGUACGUCAUCGGUUCCCUGAGCAACGGGGGACCUUCUGAGAACGGCUGGAACAGUCUUUGAUAUCGACACGCCAAGUACUUUCGAUCACCAUGCACUCGCCAAGUCCUGCCUCAGUAAGUGAGUCAAGUGUCCAAAUACCAGUAGCAUCUCAACGAAACUUGGCCAGCAAGGCCGAUAGUGAUGGAGAAAAUCCCCCGGACAUUCCACAACUCCACAACUCAUCUUUCAUCAUCGAUGAUCGCGAAGAUUUCAAAGAUGAGUCGCUCUACACCUUCUGUGGCUCUUGCAAGAAUCACGUGAUGACCAUGGUGACGUAUAAGGCUGGUAAGUUGACUUUACUCUUUGCAGUGGCUCUGUGCUUUCUGGGAUGCUUUGGAGGUUGCUGUCUCGUACCGUUUCUAUGGAAACGUUUCCAAGAUGUGGAGCACUUGUGUCCGAACUGCCAACUGAAAUUAGGAAAAUAUCGAAGAAAGACAAAAAAUAUCUGCUGCAAGAAAUAGAAGCAAAUCAAGUGAAGAACUAGAGAAUGG